AUUACCCUCCCUCCAAAACGCACAAUGACGCUUGACGUGCUACAUUUUAUUGACAACAAGGGCGGCAAUGCCCAAGAGAUCCGCGAAUCGCAAAGAAAGCGUGGCCUGUCGGUCGAGAUCGUGGACGAAGUUAUCCAGAUGUACCAGGACUGGGUGAAGAUGGACUUUGAGGCGAAUAAUAUCAGCAAGGAGGUCAAUGCAGUGCAGAAAGAGAUAGCAGUAAAAAAGAAGGCGAAAGAGAACGCAGACGAGCUUGUUGCGAAGAAGAAGCAGCUCGACGAGCAGGUCGCUGCGAAACGCGUGGAAUCCAAGGAGCAUGAAGCAAAGAUGCGUCAGAAGGCUGCCACUCUCGGAAACAUCGUAGGCAAGGACGUCCCCGUUAGCUUGACGGAGGAUGAGAACGUAACCCUCAGGACAUGGCAUCCUCAAGGCGCCGAAGUGGAGAAGAAGACUGACAUUAUGCCUCACCACGAGGUUCUGCUCCGUCUGGAUGCGAUGGAUCUCGAGCGAGGCACGAAGAUUGCCGGCCAUCGAGGCUACUUCCUAACGAACGACGGCAUCGACCUGAACCAAGCCCUCAUCACCUACGGCCUCCAUUUCUUGCGUAAAAAGGGUUACAAGAACAUCCAACCUCCGUUCAUGAUGAACAAAGAUCAGAUGGCAAAGACUGCUCAGCUUGAUCAGUUCGAUGAGGAGCUCUACAAGGUCAUCGCCGACGACGACGAGAAGUACCUUAUUGCAACCUCGGAGCAACCAAUCUCGGCGUAUCAUUCGAACGAAUGGUUCGAGUCGCCUGAGACACAGCUCCCGCUCAAAUAUGCGGGGUACUCGACCUGCUUCCGGAAAGAGGCCGGCUCGGCAGGACGCGACAUGUGGGGCAUCUUCCGCGUGCACCAGUUCGAGAAAAUCGAGCAGUUCUGCAUCACUUCGCCAGAGAAGAGCUGGGAAAUAUUCGACCAGAUGGUCGGUACUUCGGAAGAAUUUUACCAGAGCCUCAACAUCCCCUACCGCGCUGUGGCGAUCGUCUCGGGCGCGCUCAAUCUUGCAGCUUCGCAGAAGUACGACCUCGAGGCGUGGUUCCCCUUCCAGGGAGCGUACAAAGAGCUGGUAUCGUGUUCGAACUGCACGGAUUACCAGAGCCGGAGACUUGAGGUCCGUUGUGGUCUCAAGACGAAGGAUCAGCAACGCAAGAUUUACGUGCACAUGCUCAACGGCACGCUCUGUGCGACUGAACGUGCGCUCUGCUGCAUCGCCGAGAACUAUCAGACCGCUGAGGGCCUCGUCGUCCCCGAGGUGCUCCGGCCGUACAUGCAGGGCCGCGACUUCCUACCCUGGGUCAAGGAGCUCCCGAAGAGCCUCCAGAAGAAGUCGGCUUGAGCACAAAUCACAAAUCAACGCGAAUUUCCCUGCAUGUAUCCAUACUUCUGUACUUUGGUCUGCUCAGCUGGCUCUUUGUAGAGUGUGCACGGUUUGUAGCUCAAGAUGGUUUU